AUGAAUAACUGGUACACCGAGUUUAUGAGAGCAAACCCUAAUGCUCAAGCCCCACCUCCUCCACCCCCUUUGAACCCUCAACCCGUGCUUGUGAUGCCUCAAAACAUGUACUUCAUGAGAUUUGCUAGGACCCCCGUAGGUAAGAUUAGAAAACAAGGGGCCGAGGAAUUUAGAGCAAAUACCGAUGACGAUGCUGAGAGAGCUGAGUUGUGGCUCGAGAAUUCGAUUCGAGUAUUUGGUGAGCUAUCUUGCAUGCCUGAUGAGUGCCUUAAGUGUGCCAUUUCUCUAAUGAGGGACGAUGCUUAUCAUUGGUGGAAGUCUUUGAUCUCGGUAGUGCCUAAGGAGGCUAUCACUUGGGAUAAGUAUGCUCGAGAGUGUGUGCCCACUGAGGCCAAGAUGUGCCACAGGUUCGAAGAUGGACUCAAUGAGGACAUUAAGGUAUUAGUAGGCAUCCUUGAACUUAAAGAAUUUGUUGUACUUGUCGAACGGGCAUGUAGGGCUGAAGAACUAAUGAAAGAAAAGAAGAAAGCCGAGUCAGAGGCUAGAGAUGUUAAAAAGAGAAUAAUGAGUAGAUCGGCUCCGACGCAAUCCAAGAAAUUAAGAGAUGUACCUCCUCGCUCUUAUGCAUCGAUAGGACGCUCCCAUGGAAACCGUAAUAAGCAAGGCUCGAGUUUUAGGACUCAAGCUACAUCUAUGGCUAGUGUAGAUGACGCUAAGCCUUGUCAAUUUGAGUGCCAACACUGCGGGAAACGUCACUCGGGCUGGUGUAGGAGAAAUGUGGGGACGUGUUUUGGAUGUGGUUCUCCGGAUCAUUUCGUUAGGGAUUGCCCUGAGAUGGGCGAGAAACUUCAGAUCGGGAGACAGAGUGGUUUGGAUCCUAGAGGGAGGCCCUUGAAGAAUACCGGUAGUGGAGCUGGCAGCAAGAAUACGACUCGAGAGACUGUUGAGCAAUCUGAGCUUAGGACCCCAGCUAGAGUCUAUGCCAUACGUGCUCGAGAGGAAGCAUCUUCACCAAAUGUGAUCACCGAUACAUUUUCUUUCUACGACCAAUAUGUUAUUGCUUUAAUAGAUCCAGGCUCUACCCAUUCGUGUAUAUGCAUGACAUUGGCAUCUAGCAUGAAUUUACUUGUAGUCUACAGAAUUUGUGAUUAG